GUGCCAGCUAAAGCCGACGCACGCUAUGCAAAAGGGGUGUUAAGCGCAUGCCACGUGUAGGACGCUAAUUGGCGCGUCGAAGGCACGUAUACGGUAAUUAAUGCUGGCACUGCUGUUUCAAAGAAGGGAAAAGGGGGACGGUUACGCCACUUUUCACUUCACUCGUUUUUGAACUUCUGAAAUUCUCUGUAGCAGUGUGUUUGCAGCCUGAAGAACACAUCACCAAACCAUCAACUUAGCAACGUACACAACAACCUAAGGUAACAAAUGGAUUCGUUUAGAGAACUCAGAGAGCUACGAGGUAACCAGGGCCGAGAAGAAGAAGAAGAGGGGUAAUAUUAGCAGAGCCUAUCGCGAUGAUAGUGCCGCCGGAGUUGCAAGACUUGCCGGAAACAAUGGCGCCUGAGAGCAGCGCCAGUUCAAGCGCUAGGGACAACGGUGACGACCACCACACUCCAUCGUCUAGCAGCUCGUCUUCUGAGGCUACGCCCAGCCGCGGGGAAAGGACGGGGGAUGCGGCGCCCAAGGACCUGCCCGUUGGAUUUAGGUUUAAGGCCGCGCUUCAUCAUGAAGUAGUAGACUGUGCACCCUCCAUAAGUGGGUAUAGGAAACUCAAGGAGAUGGUGAGGGCGUACCACAUCCCCAGAACCAUAUUGCUCCGAACAGGCGGGCAUAAUGAAAGGCCGUGCACAGUAUCGCAAACGGGCUGGAUACCAGUGUACGUGGACCACUUUGACAUCGGCUUACGGUUUCCCCUGCCCGGGCUAGUGUUCAACCUGUUGGCGGACUACGAGCUGGCUUUGACGCAGUUGACGCCCAACAGCAUAAGGUUCAUCAUAGGCUUUAUGCUGUUGUGUGCGAGAUUGGAAGUACCGGCGAAGGCGAUUGUGUUCAGGUCGUUGUUCCAAUGCCGGCUGUGUCCCAAAUCCCGAGGCGCAAAGUGGUAUUACCUCUCCGGGAGAGAGAAGAGGCAGCUAUUUAAGAAUGUCAAGAACAAAGUGGCGAGGUGGAAGAGGCAAUUCAUAUUUGUUCGCGACACGCGAACAGAGAGAAUAAGCAACAACCUCGCUGCCCGGCUAUCUGAGUGGCGUGUGCCCAAUGCACACGUCAACUACCCUCAACUACUCCCACGAGACACAGAUCUCAAGAAUCGGCUGCUAGAGCACGCAAGGAGCAAAAAUCUGAUAGACCUCGAGGUCCUAGUUACCCCGGAGCUGCUCGCCGUGUUCGGGUUUGUCGACGUGGCAAACCUGUUCAACGAAGCAUACUCGAGCGCCAGCGUCAACGAGCCCAGGGCUCAUGAGGUCGAGGAACAGGCAACACCUCGCAGAGACAGACGCGGUUCGACGAGCGGCCGCCUCCAGCGCCUCAAUCGCACAGCUCGUCACAUCGAGGAUCGGGCUCGGUGUCCAGACAACGCGCUGACCAGCGGGCUGAGACUGCGGCCCUCAGUGCACGCAAGCGUGCACGCGUCUCACACGGCGGCUGCGCGCUCAUCUAACGCGUCCUCUGCCACGAUGCGAGCAGCGGAUCUUGCGUCUGCGUUGGCCUCAAUGUCAGGGCCCAAGAUCGCGUAUCCCGAUGGCUUUAACUACGUGAAGCCCGAGUGCUUACCCGCCAUGGCACAAGGCAUGCAAAGCUUUGUGCCUCCUACGGAUCGUCAGCGGGCAAAAGCUUUCGUGCAGCAGCAUGGCGGGCAGGUCGUCAUGGUCAAGCUGAUGGACGCAUUCAGCUACGCUGUAGCGCUGUUCGAGAGUGAGCAGGGGGCUCGUACACAGAACAGCGAGCUCAGUGCUAACUAUAAGCAGCUGGCUGCAGAAAAAGCUAGCCUUGUGGACGACGUGAAUCAUCUGCAGGGCUCUGAAAUGGCCAAUCGAGCUGCUACUGCAGAGAGCCGAGUAGAAGAGCUCGCAGCCAGGGAAGAGGCUGCCCGGGUUGAGGAACGGGCCAAGAAGGCUAAGGCCGACAGGGACCGCGCUCAGCACGAGCUAAGCUCCCUUAGGCACCAGGUCGCCGAGGCCGACAGAAACCUCAAUGCUGCUGAGGAAGCCCUGAACGAGCUGAAGACUUCCCAUGGGCGCUCUAUCUACAACGAGAUCCGUGGGAAGGUGCUGCGACAUCGCCCGGACUUCCCGAUUGGCGAGCUUGCGUUCUUCGACGGGGACGAUCUUGAUGAGCAAGGCAAGAGCCUUGCUCCCCCUGCUGACGCGACGGUGCGGUUGAGGUGGGAUCUCAACGAGGAGGGUGUACCUGUUUGGCCGCCUUCCAUUCUAAAGGAGGGGGAGGAUCCAACGGGGCUGCCCUCCUUUGAUGCAUGGGUAGAGGGGGCUCCUGUAGCUAAGCAGGAGCCAUCAAGCACUUCACCCAACUCUCAGCCCGCCGUGGUGCCGACGAGCUCGCCUGUCAAUGCACCAGAUCCGGAGCCCGCUGCUCUAUCGCCUCCAGCUCACUCCUCUCCGCUAGCAGCUGACGCAUCUAUGCUCGUCGAUUUGACGGCUGAUUAGACUUAGGAUUUUUUGUUUUGAUCUUUUGUAUUUUGUUUCUACGUUUUUGUAUUUGAUCAAUGGAUCCAUAUCAUAUGUACCUCCAAUGUAAGCAUCUUUGAUGAAAUACAAAUAUGCAUUUUCCUUUGAACUUUUGUUGUAUUUUCUGUAUAUCGUUGUUUACAAUUGUUGGAUAACAACUUGAAUAAAAUAACAAUACACAU